AUGGCUUACGGCUACAACAUCUCCCUUCUUCCUGACGCACCCUCCUCCUCCCACUCAUUCUCCGUCUUCCAAAAUGCUUACGCACCUCGGGAGACGUACGCUCAGUACGAUGGCCUUCGCCAAGCCCUUCGGUCGUCCAGCCGAGCCAACGUCAACGCCAACGUCAGCGCUCGCGCAAAGGCCUCUUCAAAGAAACCUUCGAAGAAGAUAUCCAAGCCCGCCAACAAGCUUUCCAAGCUUUUAGGCCGGAUUUGA